GUGUUGCAGUAAACGGAGACUCAACGGAAGUCGGUUUAAACCUCUUCAAUUCUUUGUGGAGGACACCCGUACAAAAGCAGAUCUUUAACAAUGGUGAAGAUUUUUGUGGGAAAUCUGCCCCGAGCGACAGACGAGGAUGAAAUCAAGGCGCUCUUUACCCAGUAUGGCACAGUAACAGAAUGUGCCAUCAUCAAAAACUAUGCCUUUGUCCACAUGGACGACCGCAAGGCCGCCACCAAAGCCAUCAAGAGUCUCCACCUCUACAAACUCCACGGCACACCGAUCAACGUGGAGGCCAGUCACGGGAAGAACCAGGGCUCAGUCAAGCUGCACGUGGCAAAUGUAGAGAAGGGAGCUGACGACGAACUCCGUGCUCUCUUUGAGGAGUAUGGCACAGUCACAGAGUGCGCCGUUGUUAAGAAUUUCGCUUUUGUACACAUGUCAAACUCUGACGAAGCCAUGGAUGCCAUCAAGGGACUGGACAACACGGAAUUUCAAAGCAAACGCAUCCAUGUUCAGAUUUCCAAGAGCCGUCCCAGACACGACGAACGGGAAGAGUACCCUCCUCCUCCUCCUGACAGGGGUGGCUACUGGCCGCCACGCUACCCAGGAGAACGGCCUGAGCCUCCCCCACCCAGCUACAUGAGGGGCCGCAUCAGUCACAUGCCCCCAGGUUACCCCGCUCCUCCUCUGCCACCCCCUCCCCCUAGACGAGCCGUUUAUCCUGAGCGUCCCUAUGAGGGCGAGAGGGAGCGAUAUGGCGUGGUAGAUUACUAUGAGAAGUACAGAGCCCGUCCGUACGGCAUGGCCUCCUAUGAUGAACAGCGUCCUGGCGCCCCUCCUCCUCCCCCUCCCCCCUCAGCCGUCGUCCGAGACCGUCUUAUGAACUCGUCGCUCGACCCGUAUGAGCGUCGCCCCCUUCCUCCUCCUCCGUCCUCGUACUACCCCCGAGAUCGCAGCCCCCUCAGGAGAGCGCCUGGUGCACCAAUGCCCCCUGCUAGUAAUGGCUACUCCUAUGAGCGCUCCCAACUUUCUCCGGUUUCCCGGGUCCCUGCAUACGGAGUUCCACGUGCAAGGGACCCCUACGCAGAUCGGCCGCUUCCGCCCCCGCCUGCACGCUACGCUUAUUAAGCGAGGCCUCGGCAUGUGAAGGAUGUUCGUCCGACUGCGUCGCCGCUCGCUGCCUCCUGAUGCACGUGACACUAUCCUCUUCCUGUCUGUGGCCGAGCGCGUUACGUUCCCCUGCGACGCUCACAGGAGGAACCGAAUUGCCGACGUCCUCGUCUGUUUAUGUUUUUAUUACCUUGGGACAGCUUUUACACUCGUCUUUUUUUAUUUCAUUUUUUCCCCCUGGUUGUUUUAGUAUGUAAUUGUGCUGUAGAGUUUUAUUGCUUGACGUCUGAGUUAGGCGUUUCUUUCUUUCUUUUCUUUCGUUUUUUACUUUUUCGUUUGAAUAACGUUAAUAUGUGUGACCUUAGAAAGCUGAAAUCAUCAGCGGCAUUUCUAGGCGAUAUCUGUGACUGUAGGUUUAACUGAGCUGAACUUAAGUGUUGGGUAUUAAAUCUAAGCUGCACGUUUGUUCCAUCAUUUAAAACUUUUCCAUCGAAAAACCAAACCUCUUUGUGGCGUUGCUGUGAAACUUGUUAAAACGUAGGAGUUUGCAUAAUAUAGGAAGUAACUGUUAACUGGGAAGGUACCGCAAAGCCUUUCACAUGUCCACUGUUAAACUUUCAUUUUUAGUCCGACGGAUUUGGGCAGUAAUGUGCUUCACGGAUGUGAUCAAACUGACGCCCAGCGCUAAAAUACCUCAUCAACCGUUUGAACUGAUUCAAAUACUUUUCUAGGAGCUUUCGAAAGCAGACGAUCACCCGUUUGUUAGUGACGAAAUAACCAAUAACAAGCUUGUUCAAAUCGUCAUGACAGAAAUCCCUGGUCUUGUCUGAAAUGCAAAACCUUUAACGUCCAUCAGCGAGCCUUCGAACUCGCCCCCUCUCAGUGCCAUAAUACCAACGUUUUCACAUUAGGUCGGAAGUGACGAAAGGCGUAACACUCCAGCCUCACUCAAACAAAACACGAUUUCAUAGCUGAGACUAGUUUUACCUUGAAUCUGGGGGGCAGAUGACAUCAAAGGCUGCUGGAGACCUUCGAAGUGAACAGGUAAGUCCAAGGGCUUUAAGGACUACUAGCAACUAAUGCAGGCAGUAUGUGUUCACACUUAGAGGUCAGUAGUUAUUGUAAGAGUGGAAAUAGACUGUUUAUGUACAGAUCAAGGAAUGUUAGCUAGUAAAAAACCUAUCCAGCUGUAAAUCUGCUGCUCUUUAGUUACCAGUUUUUGCAGGGAAUGUACCACUACAUGUAUAGCUGGCUUAUUUUUUUAAGAUGCUGCCAGUCAUAGAAUACCAGCAGCAGUGUUCAGAUGCAGCUGAAUUGGAAAACAAAUGGUUGACUUUUGGGGAGUGAGAGGAGCAUUAAGGAUAGCUAGGUUUAGCUAAGCUGCAAAUAGUAUUGGGACUGAAUGACUAUGAAGGAACACAUAAUUCUACACUUGGACUUUUCUUUUUACAGCCCUUGUACACAUGAAGUUAACAGAAUAGACACAUUAUUUUACACAAAGAUGGACACGAGAAACAGUACUUUGCAUUGUAUUGCCAGUUUUGGACCUGCAUGAAUAAAAUAUUAAAAACAAUUGAAA